GCAUCCUGCAGAGCUGCUGGUGCCCUCAGUGUGACAACACAGCGGGGAGGCAGCGGAGCCAUGGCGAGUCCCGGGCAGAAAGUGGUGCUGAUCACCGGCUGCUCCUCCGGUAUCGGCCUGAGGAUGGCUGUGAUGCUGGCCAAUGAUGAACAGAAGCGCUAUCACGUCAUAGCAACGAUGCGUGAUCUAAAACGUAAAGAUAAGCUGGUGGAAGCUGCUGGAGAUGCGUACGGGAAAACUCUGUCUCUGGCUGUGCUGGAUGUCUGCAACGAUGAGUCCGUCAAACAGUGUAUCAAUGGCAUCAAAGAUCGACACGUGGAUGUCCUCAUCAAUAACGCAGGUAUCGGCCUCGUGGGUCCGAUAGAGAGCAUCCCCAUCGAGGAAAUGAAGAAAGUGUUUGAGACCAAUUUCUUUGGGGUGAUCCGCAUGAUCAAGGAGGUGAUGCCUGAUAUGAAGAAAAGGAAAGGAGGACACAUCAUCGUCGUCAGCAGUGUGAUGGGACUGCAAGGUAUUGUGUUUAAUGACGUGUAUGCAGCUUCCAAGUUUGCAAUGGAGGGCUUCUGUGAGAGUUUGGCUGUGCAGCUCUUGAAGUUUAAUGUCACGCUGUCACUCAUUGAGCCAGGACCGGUGCACACAGAAUUUGAAGCAAAGAUGAUUCAGGAUGUGAGGCAGAAGGAGUAUCCUGGUGCCGAUCCAGAUACGGUGCAUUACUUCAAGAACGUGUAUCUUCCUUCCUCUGUUGACAUCUUUGAGACCCUGGGACAAACGCCUGAUGACGUUGCCAGAUGUACCAAGAAAGUGAUUGAAGCAAGCAGACCCCGUUUCCGUAAUCUGACCAACCCCUUGUACACGCCAAUCGUAGCGUUGAAAUAUGCUGAUGAAACUGGAGGGCUGUCUGUCCAUGCCUUCUACCACAUGCUCUUUAACUUGGGUCCUCUGAUGCACGUCAGCAUGACAGUCAUGAAGUACCUCACCUGUGGAUGUCUGAGAAGCAGGACAGUGUCACCAAACUAGAAACAUGUUUUUUGUAUGCAAAUGUGAACAACAGACUGCAAAUAAAGACCACACACUACUUUGGCUUAUGCUGUCAGAGGAAAAAACAAAUACCUGCAUACGUACACAGUUUCAGAGAGUUUAUCUUUUGUGACCUGCCAUAUUUACCUCUAUAUCUCAUUUGUAAUGAAUAGUCCUCUGUAUAUCCUCCUUUCUGUAUAAGAUUGUAGUUGUAGUUAUAGUCUAGAUGUUGUAGUUGUCUAGAUGCCACACCUGAGUCCAGCUGAGUUGAAAUAUUACAACAGCUUUAAAAAUUGUUUUGGCCUACCCAGAGUGCCAAAUGAGUAGAGUUUACAUUUAUAAGACUGUAGCCUGAUUUCCUUAUUUUAUCCCACCAGUCCCAAACAACUUCACAUUUAAGACUGUUGUAAACUCUAAUUGGUUCAGAAAGCUGGGUUUACCCCACCUUGUUUAUUUGUAGCCUAUGUAUUUGCAUCUAUGUACAUAUUUUUGGAAUUCUGUCAA